AUGGAUAGCAAGUCUAGGGGUUUAAUUAAAUCCCUGGAGAAUUGGGCAAAGAAGAUAACUACAGGCUACAGGGAUGUUAACAUAUGUAAUCUGUCUUCUUCGUUCAGAGAUGGACUGGCCUUCUGUGCCAUCAUUCACCAUUAUCGGCCAGAUCUCAUCGAUUUUGAUUCCCUUUCAAAAGAAAAUAUUCUGGAGAAUAAUUCAACGGCAUUCAAAGUUGCUGAAAAGAGCUUAGGUGUCCCUGCCUUGCUGGAUGCUGAAGACAUGGUGGCUUAUGCUCAUCCUGAUAGAUUAAGCAUUAUUACUUAUUUAUCUCAGCUGUAUAAUUGUUUCGAAAAUCAAAACAAAGUUAAAGCCAAAAUUUCUGCAUUUGAAUCCAAUCAAGUUCCAAAGACCUCAUCUUUGUUUCAACCAUCCUUUACGUCUGAGACAAGUACUCGAAAAUUAUCAGCAUUAGCAGGCUCUAAUGAAGAUAAUUCAUCUGUUCCAAAUGUGUCUCCUACACCCAUGCAAAGAUUUUCAGUAUUUCCAUCUGACACCAAUUUUAAAACUACACCAAAUUGUGAUAUGCCAGGUGUUAAAAAUGUAAUUAGCAAAACCCCUGAUACAGAAAAUUCAUCCAAUAGACUAGCACAGCAAGCUACUGAAAGUCGAUUGCCUUCAACGAUUUUAAUCAAUGAAGGAAAAGCACAAGAAACUAAAUCUGUUGUAGAUUCGAGCUUAGUAAGAAAUGCCAUAACACCCCCCGUUGAAAUGAAAUCUACAAAUUUAGAUAGAAGUAGAAUAUUGGCAAGGCCUUUAUCAUCUACAACUGAAUAUAAGAGCCCUUUAAAAUCUCCAAGAGAUAUAUUUCAGACAAAUAUUCAGCCUUUAAAACUAACUAGUCAAUUGUCCAAUAAAAAAGAUUCUCCUAGCUUUUCUGCACCUCCUCUUAAUUCUUCAAUGGAUUUCAAAAAUGUUCAAAUACCACAAAUACGAUCUACUUACUCAAGUUUACCAAGGCCUGGCAGCUAUCAAAGCUUGACAUCUAAAGACCACCCUUCUAAGUCAAUUGUUAGUAAUUCAGAAACUAAUCUAUCUGACCAAGCACAGUCUGAAAAUAGUGGAAUAGUUCCUCGGAGGAGAUCCUUAGGAUCCAAACAUGACCACAUCAACGCAGAGGAUGUUUCUGGGGAUUCUACUAGGCCAAAGCACUUUCUUAGGACUCAGUCUUCUGUAGAAUUAAAAGCUAAUGCUGUUUCUAUGGAUGGUUUGCCUGAAAUUAAUAUUGAUAGUGAUAUAUCUCAUGAUGAUAUUAAAAAGAGUGACUCAAAUUGUUCUCAUGAUCUAAAAGCCAGUUUCACUCCUGUUCCAAAAGCUAGGCUCAGUCUUGAAAAGAAGUCCAAAACUACAAAUUCAGCUUUAGAAUCAAAUUCUAAAACAUCACUACAUGAUUUUAAAACAAAAGAAAUAAAAAGUAGCUUGGGAAAAGAAAUUUCUGGAAAUAAAGCCAUAAAAAUAGCUCAAGGGCCUAAAAUUGAUGUUAAAACUAGAUCUCCCAUUAAACAAUCCGAGGAAAAUAAAGAAGACUAUCCUGACGAUUUAAAUCCAUUUGGUAGUGAUGAUGAUGGUGAUGAACAGGAUAAUGAAGAAGAAUAUCCUGAUGACCUUAAUCCAUUCGGUGACGAAGAUGAGGACAAUGAAACAAGCACAUCAAAAACUGCUGAUGUUGAUUACGAUGAUUCAAAAAAUCCUUUUGCUUCCGAUGAGGAUGAAGAAGAACUUACAUCUGCAAAGUCUGCUGAUUUUUCAGGUAGAUUGCCAGCAUCAGCAGAUGUUUCACCUUUUCAUAGUAAUUCAUUUUCGAACAUAUCUUCUCCAACUGGUUCUCUGAGUGGCACUGCAAGGAAAAGACAAGCUCCCAGACCUCCAAAAUUAAGCGAUAUUUUCCCUAACGAGUCUGUGGAUUCGGAAGCUGAUACGUCUCUUAAUUCUUUAAAGUCAUCUCCUUCUAUUAGCAAGAAAAAUCUACAGACACCCUCUCCUAAAAUCAGGAAGAGCAAACCUGCUCCUCCCCCUCCCCCUAGCACUCCCAAUAGUAAACAAAGCUCCCAAACAGAUCUUACUGCUGGCGCUAAAAAAGCGAAAGAACUUGAUAAUUUGAAGUUGAAAUCAUCAGCUCUUGAUUCUGCUUCUGAAAAAGACCCUUCAAAACAAAAUAAAAAGAAAAAAAGACCUGCACCACCAGUACCUAUACCAGCUAGAAAAGAUAUGAAGAAAAUUCCUCUCAAAGAAAUUAUGCAAGAAAUGAAAGAAAUAGAAGAAAAACAGAGAGAGUACGAAAGACAAGGUCGAGAAAUAGAGCUUCUAAUUCGAGAUAGAGAUAAAGAUGAAGAACCAUCUGUUGAGGAAGAAGAAUACAUAAUGCAGCUGUUUGAGUUAGUUAAUCAAAAGAACGCUCUUUUCAGGAGGCAAGCGGAAUUAAUGUAUAUAAAACGAUCUCAGCGUCUUGAAGAGCAACAAUAUGAGAUUGACAAACAACUGAGGAUUUUAAUGGAGAAACCAGAUUCUGAGAAAACUGCGGAAGAUCGACUAAGAGAAGAAGAAUUAACAAUGGAGCUUAUUGAUAUCGUAGAUCAGCGAAACUCAAUUAUUGAUAGUAUAGAAAUGGAUAGAAGAAGAGAAAUUGAAGAAGAUGUUAGUGUGCAAGUACAGCUUGAAAUUAAAAAUGGUGACUUACCAAUUACAGCCGAAAUCAAAGAGAAAAGUGGGAAAAAGAAAAAAGUUAAAGUAAAAAAAGAAAAGAAGAAAAAUCAAGAAAAUGGUUCCAGUGAGUCUUCUAAAAAAGGAACUCUUAAGAAGAAGAUCUUUAGUAAAAAACAAGCAUCCUAGUUUUUCCAAUGAUUAAUUUUCAUAGAGUCAAUGCACACAAUUUUGAACUUUUUUUUUUCCUUUU